AUGUCUGUCAACAGCUACACAACCUCAACGAAUGAUCCGGAGCAGAAGAGAAUGCCAGCUGAUCUGCCGGGGUAUUAUUUCGACACCUCCAAAAAUCGAUACUUCAAGAUCACCGCAAACCAUGUUGCUGAAGGCUCAUCGUCGAACACUGCGGCUAAGUACAGUCGUCAAGCUGUGCGAGCAGAUCAAAUUACGGAAAAGUUGAAGCAACAACAAAAACUGCUCAAAGCUUCCAGAGAUGCUGUCACAGUACGACGAUCGAAGCUUCUACACCAUCCUCUGCUGAGUUUCAUGCCUCGGCUGGGAAGUCGAAAGAAAAGUGCUGGGAGUACCGUCAAGGAGUUCUACGUAGCCAGCCUGAGCGAGACGGUUCAACUUCCCACCAUUAUUGACGAUCACGCGGACUUGGUCAAAAGUAUCCCUGGACAAUUUGCUGUGGAUGAGAUAACUGGGCGGUUAUUCAGCCCAAUAAGUUUCGGGGCUUUCGGGGACGGCAGGUCACUGGCCUGCGUCUUGGAGCCUGCUGACACUGGGUGUUCCCUCUACUCAAGAGGACAAUCUCUGCAACACAUUGGCUUCGUCAGCACAGUUAAUCGGAUAAUCUCACUCGGACGCCACGGGGUAAGUGUAUGGGCGUGCCAGAAUGAUCUUUUCCACACCGAUGUCACGAGCUUUUCUAUCCUGUAUGUGAACCAGGAGCCCUUCGCCGAGGCCGAGAAUACGAAUUACUCGGGCAUGAUGUUGGGGUAUCAGCGUCCCCUUCAGAAUCCAAUAAUCGAGCUUGCAGUCGCACCGAAUCACGACGCUUUCGCGACAGUCGACGUGGAAGGUGUAGGUGUGGCCGGUCUUGAGAUGAAUUCAAACAAGAAAGUUUUCGGCGGAAAGCAAUCCAAAUCUUUCACUUCUGCAUGGUUCAAAGACAACAAUGUCAUCGUUUGCGGUGCACGCGACGGAACAGUAAGACUCGCAGACCUGCGUGCUACAACGAAAGCCGACUUCUCAACUGCACGGAUCCAACACACAUCAGGCGUAAGCCAUGUUCGGACGAUUGGAGCCCAUCAGGUCCUCGUGCAUGGCCUGACAUCUACAUCUCUGUAUGAUCUGCGCUGGUGCCCACAACCGAGCAGAUCCAAGCCUUUCAAUGGUCGCCCCAGAUUCAACACCAGCCAGGCGUAUCUGAGCUUCAAUGUCCCUGAGCAGCGGCGACAGAACAGAUACGGACUCGGCUUCGCAUACGACACGGAGCUCAACAUCGUCCUCGGCGCGUCCACGGAUUUUCACAAAAAUCACUGCGUCAAUUUAUGGGACGCCAGCACGGGACAGCUGCUGGAGAGUCCGCUUCUCAGCCGCAAAUUCACGGAACCAGUUAUGUGCGCGCAGUUCGUCGAUGUGAGGCCUCAGGCCAAGAGUAUCCUGCUCACCUCAAAUGGUAACCUCGAGGAGUGGUCCCCGAUCCAUUCGCCUGUGGCUGAAGAAUGGUAA